AAGCAACAUACAGACUAAUCUCGCUUAGGAUCAACAUGAGAUCAUUAGUGCUUUUGGUCCUCGUAGCCAUAGCUAUUAUAAGCGUUUCCUGUCGAGAAACGAAGGGAGACAACCGACCAUUGAGACCACCGCCGAAGAGCAAGCGUGGCAUCGUUGAAUAUUCCGGAGGCUAUUCGUCCGGUGGAUCAUCCUACAAUUCUCCUCUUAUAAGUUCCGGAUAUAGCGGCGGAUCUUAUUUAGGACAUUCGUCAGGUAUCCAAAGUUUAGGAGGUGGUUCUUUGGGACAUGGUUCUUUGGGAUAUUCUUUGGGGUCUGGAGGACUCAGCUUGGGUUCUGGACUGAGUCAUGGCGCGAGUCUUCAAGGAAUCAGUCUAGGAGGACACUUUGGACAAUCCUCGUACGCCGGUCCCAGCCUAAAUUCCAUCGGUGGAGGAGGAGGAGGAAGUAUCAGUUUACUCAGUUCGUCCUCGAAGAAUGGACCAGUUACUUUCGGCAUCCACGGAGGCGGUAUCUCUUCAGGCAGUUCCAGUUCUAGCAGUUACUCGGCGCCAGUCUACGCAACGGGAAUUCAUGGGCUGUCAUCGUACGGCGGUGGUGCUUCGAGCAGUAUUAGUCUGCCAGCGAUGUUAGGAUCCGGGCAUGCCUCCUCGUACAGUUUGCCGGCAGCGUCGCUGAGUUCGCUGGGUAGUUCUUCGGGCCAUGGCCUGUCACUUCAGUCUAUCGCCCCGAGUUCGUCCUACCAUUCGGUGAGCGGAGGUUUAGUAAUUGAUUCGAGUUCGCUUGGAAAAGGAUCCUCCAGUUACAGCCUCCCUGUGUCUUCCUCUCACGGAAGUUCCAGCAGCUACUCCCUCCCAACGUCCUCGGGAUCUCACGGAAUAUCUAGCCUCUCUUCCAGUUCUGGUGGAUCUGCCAGUUACUCCUUACCAAUUUCUUCUGGAUCAUCCAGCGGUCACAUAAGCCUUUCCAGUGGAUCCUCCGACAGUUCCAGUUAUUCUUUGCCUGUUUCUUCUGGGUCCUAUGCAUCUGGAUCAUCGCAUUCUAACUACAUACCAUCUUCCUCCGACGUGUCAUAUUCAUCGGGUGGAAGUUCCAGUUAUUCGAGUCCCUCGUCCAGUUAUUCCGGUUCCGGUUCCAGCUAUUCCGGAUCAGUUUCUAGCUACUCCAGCCCUAGUGCCAGCUACUCCAGUCCUAGCGUCAGCUAUUCCAGUCCUAGCUCCAGUUAUUCAUCUCCUUCCACCUCGUACGGCACCCCUGUAGAGUCCCAUGGUUCCUAUUCGAAUCUCAGUCCUAGAUACGUUGCAUACACCAGUUCGAAAGGCUACGAUGGUUUGAAUUCCGGCAGUAACAAAUACGAUACGAUUUCUUAUUCCAGUCCAAGUGGAAAGUAUUAA